AUGUUGGGCUGUCCUGUUGACUUUGUUUCUGGCUCUGAUGACGUAACAAGGUGUGGCGCCGAUGUAUUAGCUGACUCAGGGGUUGUCCACACGGGCACUGACGCUGCUGUCAUAGACAUAGGCGCAGCUGAUUGUCAGACGGGAGGUGGAGUACCCUACCGAGGAACAGUCUCUGUGACAGAAUCAGGUAGGACGUGUCAGCGCUGGGACAGUCAGACGCCCCAUAAUCACCCCUACACAGCCGCUAAUUAUCCUGCCGCCGGACUGGAGCAGAACUACUGCCGGAACCCGGAGGACGGAAGCAGAGUGUGGUGCUACACUACGGACCCCUCCAAGAGAUGGGAGAACUGUGACGUACCAGUAUGUGUAUGUGGGGGUACGUUGACGUGUCCGCCUAGGGGCACCCUGACGUCACCAAACUAUCCAAACAACUACGGCAAUGGCUGGCGUUGCGAGUGGUGGUUGAUUGCACCGGAAGGAAGCACCAUUCGUCUCACCUUCGACCGUUUCCACCUUGAGGAACGCUACGACUUCUUCUACGUGUACGAUGGAGACGGUACUAGUGAUUGGAGAUUCAUCCAAAGGUUAACUGGUGAACUGUCAGUUGGCCCAAUCAACAGCACAUCAAACCGGAUGUUCCUAAGGUUUACAUCCGAUUUCAGUACCACGGAGAAAGGUUUUGCAUUAACCUACACAGAUGUUUCUUUUGCAACAUUGACUACACCAUCACCAACGACCAUGAUCUCCGUAGCUGUCGAGCAAUCGCCGUUUGAUUGUUUCUUCGAGUCCAACCUCUGCAACUGGACACAGUUUGUGGACGAUGAGUUUGACUGGACCAGACGACAGGGACCGACUGAUUCUAUGCACACAGGCCCAACAGUAGACCAUACCAUGGGAACAGACCAAGGCUGGUACAUGUACAUUGAAGCCUCCUCACCUCGGGUCACUAACGACAGCGCAGUGCUUCUGAGCACAGAUGUCCCGGCCAAUCAGGGCAAGUGUCUGCGGUUCUGGUACCACAUGUACGGCGCACAUGUCGGUGUCCUGAACGUGAAGCUGUACGCCAAUCACGUCUUCUCUCCACCUGUCUGGACGAGACAGGGAGCUCAGGGGGACGCAUGGCGUCUGGCUUACGUGGCUGUGACUGGUUCAGCUACUCAGUACCAGAUUGCUCUGGAGGGAAAAAUAGGUACUGGCCAUGAAGGUGACAUCGCAGUGGAUGACAUCAUUGUCACAAACGGGGCGUGUCCUGUUAUUGAUUGGUCCCAUACUUGCUACUUUGACCUUCCUGACAUCUGCGGUUUCACACAAGACGAGACUGACGACUUUGACUGGAAACAUGCUCACGGAACAACCGGUGCUACCAUCAUAGAGCACUCCACUGACAAUGGCGCUGAAACAACUGUUGGAACGUACAUGUACAUUGAGACAUCUUCACCGAGGCAGCCGGGUGACAUCGCUCGGCUCAUCAGCAGUCCCCUGCCCGACAAUGCCACCAGCUGCCUCCGGUUCUACUACCACAUGUACGGGGACGGUGUUGGUACGCUGAACGUGUACGGUAGGGAUAGAGAAGGCAACAUCCUGGACGGGACCAUGUGGAGCAAGUCGAAUGCCCAGAACAACCAAUGGCUGAAAGGUUACGUUCCGAUCCCACAACGAAGUCAAACCAUGCAGAUUGUGUUUGAAGGAGUCUGUGGCCACGGCCCCACAGGAGGCAUCGCCAUCGAUGAUGUCCAGUUACACCCAGGAGAUUGCUCCCUUUUUGUGACUCCCACUGCUACGCCCACGCCAUUCAACGGAGCAACGCAGAGCUCCACCUAUGUUCAUGGUCCUUAUGGGCCCUUGGGACCGGACCAUGCAGUGGAUGGAAUUUUUAUUACAAAUGUGGUAAACUGCACGCACACGCAGAAAGGUGAUUAUCCUCCGUGGUGGAAGGUGGACCUGGGAGGGUCCUACACGGUCAGCCAGGUCAGGGUACUCAACAGGGGUGACUGUUGUGGAGAACGGCUGCAAAACCUAAUGGUGCGAGUCGGUGAGAAUGAAAACUUCCUGCAGAACAGCCAGUGUGGAGAGACGUACACGGACACUCCGACGAACGGACAGACCAUACUGGUGUACUGUGACCCGCCGAUAUCCGGCCGUUAUGUCUCCAUACAGCUGGUGGAGGGAAGGGUUACUUUGACACUGUGCGAGGUGGAGGUCUAUGGUCCUGACCCGGUAGGCUUGUGGCCGUUAAACUUGCGAUACGGUACUUCAGACAUCACAGGAAACGGAAAUGACGCGGUAGCGUCAGGAGCCCAGCUAGCUUUCGGUCCGCAUGGCCUUGUCGACGACGCUUACCUGUUUUCAGGGAAUGCGUCUUCCUACAUCGACAUUCCCAACAAUGGCAACUUGGAUGUCCGCUUCUCCUUCACCAUACUGGCUCAUGUAUUUCCUACUGGCGAGGCUGGACCAAUUUUUGACUUCGUCCCGGGCAAUGCUGGAAGGGCGGUGGGUCUGUGGCAGACGUCCCCUAGAACAUUGUCCAUGUGGAUUGCAGGAAGGGAUGUGGAGUCUACAAGUAAUUUCUACGUGGACGUGCUGCAACAGAACGAUUGGAAUUACGUGGGCGGAACGUACGAUAGCAACACGGGAGUGGCAUCCCUUUGGUACAACGGUGAUCCAGUCAGUCAAAUACAAGUUGGAGUUGUGGAGGUAGCAAGUCAGUACUCUAUCCGGGUGGCUAAAAGAGACGGGGACAGUCGGAUAUUCGCAGGCAAAGUCGCUUGUCUACAGCUCUACAACUACGCGUUGACGAAGGAACAGAUUGUUGCAGCGCGGCAUACAUGUAGAGGUAAGCCGUACUAA